UGUACAAGGAAUAUUCUUUUUCAUCUGUGCCACUAGGAAAACAGGUCUGGACAGCUACACUGGGACCAAUUUUUAAGAAGGAGAAAAGAAAGAACACAGCAAAACCAUGCCUUCAGCCGAGAAGAUCUUGUACUUCCUAUCCAGCACGGUGUUGAAUGUAAUCGGUGUCGCCGUCCUCGGCUAUGGGAUGUCAGCAAAGUGGGCCUCCUCCAAAAUGGCCUGCUCACCUACAAGUACUGAUUUGUUCAACGGAUCUGGAACCAUUAGCAUGGGACUGUUUGACGGAUCGGAGAAGGCCUGUGAUCGGUUUGACACUGGUGAAAAGGAGAUAAAAGUGUUUGAUAAGAUGGGGGAAGUUGGGGGUGCUGGAGUAGCAUUACAUGCUUUGGUGGUUUUCCUCUUGGUCUUGGCUCUGCUGGCCUCUGGAGGUAGCAUCCUCAUCACUCUCUACAAUACUAUCAGUAAUCCAUAUGAAACCUACAUGGGUCCCAUUGGCCUGUACGUCUGCAGUGGACUAAGUGCAUGCUUGGCAUUUUUGGCAAUGGUCCUGUACCUGAUAAAUCUUCUUGGAAUCAACAUAGCAAAUAAGAUGCUGUCUCAAGGCUUUACUGGAACUCUAAAGGACGAGGUUGUGACAUUCCUGGUCGGCUUUUUUAUGAUUCUGCCGUACAUUGUUGUUAACCUGGUGGCCAUACUCCUGGUGUACCUUUAUGCACACGCGGCCUACAGGCAACGCCAAGAACAGCAGAAACCCACAGAGGACGCACCCAAGGAGAUUCUGAUGUACUGAUAUGCAGAGGAGUCUAUCCAUAAGACUGUGAUUAAAAACGCAAAGAUCAGGGGCGUUUUUGCACCCACAGAGUAUACUUAUAUUAUAUUUGACUAAAUGCUACAACAAAACAAAUGUUUUAAAAUGAAAAACAACAAAAUUUUAUUAAUUUUGUAAAAAAAAAAAACAUAUUCCCUAUUUUUGUUCUAUUGUUCCCUGUCUUAUUUGAUGUAACGGAUGUCCGUUAAAUAUUCUCAGAAAUGAAUAAGCAAACAAUCUGUAUUUAUGUUUUCUAUAGAUAUAGAUUAGCUAGAUGUAGGUUAGAUUUUCUUCCCAUACUCGGUAUGAGACAGCAAAUGUACAUAAUAAGGCCUUGUUACACAUAUCAGCUUUGUAAAUAUAGCCAUAAUUAUUUAUUGGUACCAGAGACCUUGCACUGAUCAUUUAAUUCCAGAUAAAUUUGUUGCAUAAUAUUAACUCUUUCAUAACAUGUUAGAAACCGAUUAGAAAAAUUCAUUCCAGUGCCUGUAUUCCUGUCUUUAUUUUACUGUCUAAAAGUCUGCUCUUAAUUUGUAAAAGCAAGAACUGGAUAAUACUCCUUGUGGUGGUGUGGUUUAAAUGCUCAUUCUUGCAUUUAGUCUGUUUAUUAUUUUUUUAUAUAUUGAUCCAUAAGCAUUCUAUCAUUACACAUUAUAUAUUGUAUUAUAUUACAUUAUAUGAACUGUUUCUUUUAAACUAAUAAUAUGAGAUCAAAUAUAACUUGCUGAUGUUGUAGCUACUUUGCAAGUUUUGAUUCUUCACUAAAGUGUCAACAUUCAUAUAUAACUUUACUACAAUAUUUGGAAAAGACCCACAGGUGAUUCUCCUUUGACCAUCCAGAUAAAAAAGAAAGACACAGAACUUUAACAUAGAUACACAAGACCAAUACAUAAUUUUGGCAGACUGUAGCUAUUUCAUUAUCUGUAAUAAUAAUAAUAAUAAUAAUUAAUAAUAAUAGAUACUUUAAAACUUUAUUUUAUUUUUCUUUUCCCAUUGGAUUCCCAUUGCCAUUUCCUACACAAAAAAAAGGCCUGUGUAUAUUUCUGAAAAAAAAAAAAACAGAUUAAAGAAAAAUACAUUAUGUGGGUUGCUCAUAUUAAAGUAAUGUUAACUUAAACAUUAUUUCAUUUUGUUCAUUUACACUGAAUAUAAAUAUCUAGGUUAGAGUAAACAUGACUUUAAUAUGUGCAUUUUUUUCCAUAUAAAUCACCCUUUCCAGUUUGCUUUUCUUAAGCCAUGUUAUGCAACAGGGAAGCUGUUCUUCCUUUAAACCACAGGACUUAUAUGCCAUCUCUUUUUAUGUAAAUUCUUUUUAAUGAAUUACCAAAAAUGUGUAGAGCAGGGAGAGUCGAUAUUUCUCACAGAAAGCAUUUACCCCGAGUUUAUCACUAGGUGGCAGAAGUGUGCUUUGUUUGCCUUUCUUAUCUUUUCUCAUGUAGUCAAUAUUCUAACACACACUUUAUGGGACUGACCAGGUGCGAGCACAUAAACCAAUAAAAUGUGUGCUAACAAAUACAGUCUUGUUUCUAGUUUCAAAAUGUUAACUUCAUGUUUAAUAAUGAAGAAUAUUAUACAGUGAGGACACCAGUGAAAAUUAUUCUGUUUUUGGAAGUCUGUUUAGCAAAAAGCUUUGUAUUACCAAUUAUAUUAUCAGGAAAACCUUAAGGGUAAACUAGAAUCUUUAAGAGAAUACAAUAAAGUUUAGAAUUUCUUA